AUGAGUUCACCACCUCAUCAAGCGCGGUACGGUCGUCUUGCAAGCGGCAGUGGCGAGGAUGAGGCAUCACCGGCACCGGGGGCGAUCGCGGAGAAAGCCAUCGGUGACACGAUAAUUCGGCCUACCCCGGCGACAACGGCAGCUACUACGACGAGUCGCGGGGAUCCAGUGACGAAUGGUUGCCGUACGGAACCGGAUGAGGCCCGUAGUGCCAUCACGCCAGGAAGAACACGUACGCGUCAACGCUCUCGUGACAACGGUAGGGGUCUGCCACGGUCGUCUCGAGACGUGGCGCCCGGACAGGUUGUUACGCCGUCAGCAAAGCCGAAUGUGAGUUUUUCCGGGGGGUGAUAGCUCCUUAAGGGUUUAGUAAGGACGCAUUACUGAACGGGACGAGUUGGCGUCGCGAUUCGUAGUCGGCCUACACGUUGGAUCGAACUCUGCUUGAACUCCGUAUCGACUGGUCAAAGCCCACCUCCAAGGUUCGUUCUCGAUCAUCCCUCCCCAUUCUCCAACUUUUGUGGAAUCCUCACUGAAAUUGACUUCGUUUGCCACAACGUAAACAAGCAGGAUCGUAUCGAUCAUAUCAUGAAGCUCGUCCUCGGAACCUUCUUCCUCAUCUCGAUUUUGAUUCUUACCGCAAUCGUCUUCACCGAACUAGGGCACGACAUAUGGCCCGACCGACCUUCCUCGGCUCCUCUUCACCCGGACUUAGGGGCCAUCCGGACUUCAGAUGGCGGUCAAGACUCCGUUUUAGACGCGGUGGUGACGACGGAUAUAGAAGGGGAUCUCGUCGUCGUGCCUAUCGAGCAAGGAGGCGCGGAGAAUCCUUACGGCCGCAGACUAGGAGCGAGGUCGUGGAAGGGCUGA